CAACACCCUGACUGCAGAAAGAGACCAGCUGCAGACCAGAUACAACACCCUGAUCAAAGAGAGAGACCAGCUACAGACCAGAUACAACACCCUGACCAGAGAGAGAGACCAGCUACAGACCAGUUACCACACCCUGACCAAAGAGAAAGACCAGCUACAGACCAGCUACAACACCCUGACCAGAGAGACCAGCUACAGACCAGUUACAACACCCUGACCAAAGAGAGAGACCAGCUACAGACCAGUAACAACACCCUGACCAAAGAGAGAGACCAGCUACAGACCAGUAACAACACCCUGACUGCAGAAAGAGACCAGCUACAGACCAGCAACAACAGCCUGACCAAAGAGAGAGUCCAGCUACAGACCAGUAACAACAGCCUGACCAAAGAGAGAGACCAGCUACAAAAAGACACAGAAUGUCUGAAACAAUCUUUAGUUCAGAAAGUGUGUCCUCAAGGAUGGAAGAAGCUUGGUAGCAGUUGUUACUACGUCUCUACUGAGUACAAAUCCUGGGAGGAGAGCAGACAGGACUGCAGAAAUAGAGGAGCAGACCUGGUGGUUAUCAAAAGCGAAGACGAUCAGACAUUUGUCAAUUGGUUAUGCGGGGUAAAGAACUAUGUCUGGGUUGGUCUGACUGACUCUGUUACUGAGGGGACCUGGAAAUGGGUGGACGACACACCACUGACCACACAGUAUUGGAACAGUGGAGAACCUAAUGGUGGCGUGGCUGAGAACUGUGUGUAUUUCUACUCGUGGUCAUCAGACACAGGAGCUUGGUGGGACUAUGACUGUUCCUAUCAAUACAGAUGGAUCUGUGAGAAGUAG